AUGGCCACUGUGGAACCACCAAACCCGCUACCUCCCGACGACAACGUGGGACCAGCCCUACUAGGCGUGUCUGGCACAUGUCUCGCCCUUGUGAUCAUCACCACUAUCAUACGCAUAUGGGUCAGAUCAGCACUACGAUCCUUAGGCCCCGACGACUACACUAUUGUCACCGUCACGAUUCUCGGCAUCGCACGAUUCGGCGUACAGGUGGCUCAAGUCGCUAUAGGAAAUGGACGGCAUAGAUGGUACAUUGACCCGGAGGACUAUGUGAGGAAUAAUAUGCUGGGAUGGGUUGCACAACUGUUGCUUUUCGCCAGCAUUUGUCUUCUCAAGAUCUCUAUUCUGCUGCUUUUGUUGCGCAUCAAGGAUUCGCGAAGGGUAAAAUAUGCCGCUUGGGGGAUAAUGGCAGGUCUGGUCGUUACGAAUUUCGGUUGCAUCAUCAUCCUGCUUGCUGAGUGCAAACCCACCAGCGCGUAUUGGACUGGUGUGGGCGAAUGCUGGGAUCCGCGAGUCCGAAUUUACUACAUCUACGCCACUAUUGCCUAUUCCAUUGUCACAGAUCUACUAUGCUCUUUGUUGCCCGUCUUCGUCAUCUGGAGCGUCAAGCUACCAAUGAAGACCAAGCUUUCCGUCUGGGCUUUGAUGAGUUUGGGACUCAUUGCAACCGGUUUUGGCAUUGCCCGAGCAGCAUCACUCGGUGUAAUUACCUCGGAUCUAAGUUAUAUCUAUGCUGUUACUGCUAUCUGGUCUAACCUCGAACUCUACCUCGGUAUCGUCGGCGCCAACCUGGCACUCGGAAGAUCAAUAUAUGGAUACUUCUUCAAGGAGCCUAGCAAUUCUCAAGUCGGCUCUACAUAUGGUUAUGGACACGGGUCGCGGUUGAUGUCUGCACCAAACACUCUCAGGGUCCCUAGCUCGGGUGCUUUUCGGUCAGGGCGGACGAAUCUACCUUCGCGUGACCAGGAUAGUGAGAUUUCUUUGGUAGAAACAAAGAAACAGCAGCCGUCCACAUGGUAUGCAGACACAAAUACGGAUGACGACAACCCACCUGGACAUACAGAACAUGGGAGAGAAAAUCGCCACUAG